UGUUCAAUCACAUCAUCACGUGUGUGUGUGUGUGUUCGCAAACCUCCCCAAGUUAUCCGUAUUACAGUGGAAAGUUAUAGAGUUUGUCCAAACCCACACACCCCUCUCCUCCGUCUUUAAAAUGGUCUGCUCCGCCCUGCUGCCAUGUUGGAUGUACGCAUCUAUGGCUGCUGCAGCUGCCGGAGUUUCCGAAUGAAAGUUGAGCUUUUAUCUGCGAACAGACACACAGCGAGUCCUUAAUUUGUUUAUUUACCGCAAAACGGAGAAGUUACGUUUCUUUGUUCAGCAGGAGCAAGCCUGGAAACCCCCCCACCCGGUCCUCCUCCUCCGCCCUCCAGCCUGGAGUCGGACUCAGCGGAGAUGAUCCGGUUGCAGGCCACAGCAACCGGAGCCCGCAUGGAUUUUGUGCAAUAGGUAGUGUUUGCUGAGUCCGUCCGGGGAUAUCUGCAUCGUUUCGGGGGGUUAACUAGAAGAAUUAGGAGCCAUGAACAGCCACCCGCCCCCCCGCAGGGCUGUUAACGUCGGCUCCAUCCUCCUGACCCCGCAGGAGAACGACUGCCUGUUCGGCUACCUGGGGAGGAAAUGCGCUACUCUGUGCUCGUCGGUGGUCCAGGUUUACGGUGCAGACCGGAGCUGCUGCUGGGUGAAGAGAUGCUGCGGUGUGGCCUGUCUGGUCAAAGACAACCCUCUGAGAUCCUACUACAUCAGAGUGUUCGACAUCAAGGAAGGGAAAACCAUGUUUGAGCAGGAACUUUACCACAACUUCUCCAUCAGCAGCUCCAGAUCUUACUUCAUCUCAUUUACAGGAGACACGUGUCAGGUCGGUCUGAACUUCGCCAGUGAAGAAGAAGCCAAAAGAUUCAGAGCCGCCAUCAACGACCUGCUCAACCGACGACAACGCAAGACCGAGAAGAGAGGUGACCCUAAGAAUGGUCCAGCGCUGCACAUUGCCACGGUGGACAUCAAGAACCCGGAGAUCAACAAUGUGCGGUUCCACAACUCCCACAGCCACCAGCAGCCGUACCACCUCAACAACAUGCUGAGCCACAGCGGGCUCCACAGGAAGGACAAGAAGUCCAAAGGAGGAAAGAAGAAGAAGCUGACCAAGGCCGACAUCGGCACGCCCAGCAACUUCCAGCACAUCGGUCACGUGGGCUGGGAUCCAAACACGGGUUUUGAUCUGAACAACCUGGAUCCUGAACUCAAGAAUCUGUUCGACAUGUGCGGCAUCUCUGAGGCUCAGCUGAAGGACCGAGAGACGUCCAAGGUCAUCUACGACUUCAUCGAGAAGAAGGGAGGCGUGGAGGCCGUGAAGAACGAGCUGAGGAGGCAGGCCCCCCCUCCGCCUCCUUCCCGUGGCGGCCCCCCUCCUCCUCCUCCGCCCCCGCACAACUCGGCUCCACCCCCUCCUCCUCCCCCGUCCAGAGGGGGGCGGGGAGCCCCUCCUCCCCCUCCUCCGUCCAGAGCCCCCGCCUCAGCUCCUCCCCCUCCGCCUCCCUCCAGACCUGGAUCUCUGGGUGCCCCGCCUCCUCCACCUCCUCCCACCAGAGGAGGUCACCAGCCCCCUCAUCCUCCCCACCACCAUCACCACCACCACCACCAGCCUCCCCCACCUCCGCCCUCCCCGCACUCCUCCAUCUCCCUACAAGCCCCGCCCCUCCCACCUCCCCCAUUGACCCAGCAGUCACCAGUUGGCGGUGGCGGCUCCGCCCCUGCCCAACCCCCUCCGCCUCCUCCUCCACCUCCCCCUCCCGGCCCCCCUCCCCCUCCGGAGCUGGACGGUGUCGGUGGAGGCGGAGACUCUCCUCACUCGCCGAGUGGGAAGACGGCGCUGCUGGACCAGAUCAGAGGAGGAACUCAGUUGAAGAAGGUGGAGCAGAACAACCGAGCGCCGGCGUCCGGCGUGGGACGGGACGCCCUGCUGGACCAGAUCCGACACGGAAUCCAGCUCAAGACCGUGCCCGAUCAGCCAGAGUCCGGACCAAUAACAUCGUCGACUCCCAACGCCGGCAUCGUCGGCGCCCUCAUGGAAGUGAUGCAGAAGAGGAGCAAAGCCAUCCAUUCCUCCGACGAAGACGAGGAUGACGACGAAGACGAGGACUUCGAAGACGACGACGAGUGGGACGACUAGUGAAGAUUUCUCGGUCCCCCCCCCCUGCACCUACCGCUGACACUAAAAUAUCUUCUAAAAGAUCUUCCAGCAUCGACUCAAACUGUAAAGUAAAUGUUGUAAGAAUUGGCUGUAUAUUUAUUUUUGCUUUUUUUUACGAUUAUUCUAAUUAAUCUGUGCAAUACCUCAUCUGUUAAAUCUGUCCGUCACAUCCUCAUCGUUGAAGACGCUUUCCGCGGGACGUCCCGUCGUUAGAAAGCACAGCAUGACAUCAGCACAAAGUGGAGACGCAGCGUCAUCAUCAGAAUAUAAAACACGCGUCGGGACUCUUCUCGAGCUCCUUGGGAAAUAUUUGUUGUUUUCAUUUCUUCGUGUUUUCAUUCCUCGUCACAGAAACUGAAAAGGGAGACGUACGUGCGACCAAACAGGCAGGAUCCUCUUUGUGUUCUCAGCCGUCGCUUUAAAUGCGAGAUAACACUAUUUUCUUACCGUGCUUCUUUUCGUACCUCCGAGUUUCCUAAUAAAUUGUAGUUUAAUCGUGUUAUUUUUUCAUAAAUCCUUUUGACCAAAAUGCGUCGGCUCAGUCGCCUCGUGUGGAUUUCCAACGUUUUGUUUUUUUAUGAAGUUUAAAGCUGUUUAUUUGCACACAGUUUAUAUGAUAGUUUGUGUUAUUCAGGUGUGUUUGUCGAGUAAUCUUUAUUUAGUUUCAAGCAGGUGACGUGACGAUGGACAUUCUUAAGAGCUAAAGGUUUUGUGAUAUCGUGACCUUUUUAAAUGGGACUACAAACAUGGCUGACUACAAACAUGGCUGACGAUGUUUCACUCUCUUUGGCUUGAUACAAAAACAUGUCCACACACAUUAACUCGCGCGCACACACACACACACACACACACUGUGGCAUUUGUGAAAUGAUGGAAGUUUGGUUCUUGUCGUCUGGUUGGUUGUUUUUGUUGUGACAUCAUUCCGUUAUUUCCUGCGGGAGGAAACGUCAACGCUCUGGUCGGUAUUUCAAAUAUCACGUCAUGCAAAAGAAAACACUAAAAGAUAAAUAUAGUUCAUCCUCUUCCGUCCUUCGGUUUACAAAGUAUAAUUUUAUGCAAUGCGACUGUAAAUGCAGAAUAAUUAAAGAAAAAAAAAGCAAAUAAUAAUGAACCAAAUGUGGCAUCUGCAAGAAAUAACCGACGCUCGUUUUAACUGUUCGUGUUCAGAGUUUUUACCGUCCUCCAGCGAGGCUUAAUGCUGCAUCGAGAAGCCGGGAUACUGACAGUGAACCUGUGAAAAGGGUUGGGGGGGUGAGAAUACUAAAUUGUAUACUUAAAUAAAUGUUAAUAUUUACAGAGAAA